AUGAACGACCAACAACACGAUCUUUCCUACCCGGAUCCUGCUUCUGGCUACCAUCUAACUCCCUACCCUGAAGUUUCACACCAGACCGAUCCUUAUAGCUAUGCCUACGCUCAACCGCAAGAGGAUUUCUAUCCUCCCAUGCCUCAACCUCUUAUGCAUGAAGGUUUUAUGCCGCGUGGUCCUCAACCUUUGAUGCAUGAGGGUUUCAUGCCUAGGCAUGACAUGGAUGUCGAUUCUGAUGUUGAUGAGGAUCCCAGUGCUGGUUAUGGUGCUCUACAGGCGCAGUACGGUCUGAAUUUUGUCUUGAACCCUCAAAGCUCUCACUCAGACUUUCGUCCUAACGACCAGUUUGGCCCUGAAGAUGACAUCGUCUACGAAGAUGAGUUCGAGGAAGAAGAUCUCCAACCUCAGCGAAGCCGUCUCAACAGCGUCGAACGCGAACUCUUGGAUGUUAGAGACAAUCCUCGCAUAGACCCUGACUUUGCCAUGUCUGAUGCAGCCGGUGACAGCUCAGAUGACAUGUCCAUCAACUCCGACAUUUUGAACGACAUUUUGGACGAGGAAAUUGCGGCAGGAUCCCGUGGUCGUGGCAAAGGCCGCGGUCGCGGACGUGGACGAGGUUCUGGACGAGGACGACGUGGCUGGAAAUGGGCAAUCAAAGGAACAGAACACGAUCCCAAGAUGGCUAGUGGAAGAGGUCGCGGUCGAGGUCGAGGCAGAGGAAAUGGUGUCCCCCGUGGAGAAGGACGUCGCAAGAAUGGUGACAAGCGAAACACUGUUGCAGAGCCUGAUCCAGAGUUCAAGAGAUUGCAGUCACUCGCCACGCAAGCUUUCUUGAAUAACAAUUAUCAAGCUGCUGCAGAUUAUGCGCGUGAUGCUGUCAAGGCCAACCCCGAGAUCUUCGCUGCUCACAGUUUGCUGUCUGAAAUUCUUCUGGCACAGGGAAAAGACCAGGAUUCGCUGACUGUGCUCUUGCAUGGUGCUCACACGAGACGUGAUCCGGCUCUCUGGUGGACUGUUGCCGAACGAACGCUGGAAUUAGCAGGGGAGGACCGCACCCCUGCUGUUCUAGAACAAGCCAUCUAUUGUUUCGCCUGGGCGAUCAAGCUCGACCCAGAUGACUACGAUGCUCGCCGUGAGAAGCUCAAUCUACUUCUCGAGUCUGAGCAACCUGCGAGAGCAAGAGGAGAAGCCAAGAUGAUGGUUCGUCAGAAGCCACAUGACCUCAACAUCGUCAAACAGUAUGCCGAUCUGUGUGCUUACUCGGCAAGUUUGCCAGAGAUUCAACGUGCAAAAGAUGCCUACGAUGUGGCAAUCAAUUUCUACUUCAAGGGCAGAUCUCUCGGUGUUCCUGAGACGCAAUGGUCUCAUCUCAAUGUCUACCUUGAUCUGGUCGAGAAAUGCGAAAAUCCUACACAAGCAGCUUUCCACCUGAAGAAGCUCUCAAGAUGGUUGCUUGGAAGAAAGGAAGACACUUUCUGGGACAACGUGAUAAGCGAUGACAGAGAGUUCGACAAUGACGACGUGCCUCGAAGGAUACAGAUUCCGGAGUUCAAGUACAGUCGAUAUGCAAACAAGAAAGAGAUGUACGGUGAAGGUCUACCUUUGGAACUGCGCGUCAAACUUGGUCUCUUCCGCGUCAAGAUCAGUAGAGCCGAUCUCCCUGAGGCCAUGCGCCACUUCCAAACACUUCUCGACCUCAAGGACGAGAUUGCAGAGUAUUUUGAUCUGUUCAGGGAUGUUGCCGAGGCUUUGAUCGAGCAGACUUACUACGCAGAGGCCAUUAUCUUCUACGAGCCCAUCAGAUUCGUGCCUGAAGCAUGCGAUCACGACUACUACAUGAAGCUCGCAGACUGCUACAUGAUGUUCAAUCGCAACGCAGACGCAGAAUCUUGCUGGAAGUUCAUUGUCGAUAACGAUCCAGAAGACAUCAAGUCGCGUAUCGCGUUGGCUAAACUGUAUGAAGCUGAGCAGAGAAUGGCAGAGGCUGUUCCACUGGUACACGAGGUCAUUAGGCUUGGCCGAAGUGAUGCAGUGAAGAAGGCCAAGAUUACUGUCGAUAAGCCGCCUCCGCCGCGAGCUCUUGCGCCUCUCAUGCCCCGACCUGAACAAUCCGCUCCACCAAGCAGAGUCGCAGGUCCAGUUUCUAGGCAUUACUCCCUGGGUCCCAUGCCUGAGGAUGGUGACGAUGGUGACUACCAGGAUGAAGGGCAAGACGAGGAAGAAGAAGACGAAGAUGAGGGUGACGAUGAUGAUGAGCGGUUCAUCGCUUUCCGUCCAGGCAAACGCGGUCGACCAAAGGCUGCAAAAUCCAGAGCUCCCAGGGGCCGUGUGUCCCAAACCUUCGAACGUCUCCAACAACAAGACCAGCGUAUCAAAGCCAACCACGUCCUGGUCAACUCAGCCAGAGAGACCCUAGACGAAGAUGAAGACGCCCUACAAACCUACUUCGAAGCCGCCCAAGAAAUGAUCGACGACUUCAAGACCGUGAGAGCCUUCUACCCAGGCCGCGACAAGCACAUCAAAUUCACUGGCUACGGACGCAACACCAAAAACCCCGUCAUUGCCGAAAUGGAAGCCAUGAANAAGCGCAUCGCAGAAGAUGGCAUGGAUGUAGAAGAACAAGUCCCUGACGAAAGCAUCCCCGACAACUUCCACGAUAUAAAGUUUACAGAGUGGUUAGACAUGUUUUGCGAAUACGCAUUACUGCUCGCCAAAGCCGCUGAUCGGGAAAAAUGCUAUGAGGUUCUGACGACGGCGUUUAGUUGUACGGUGUUUUACCACAGUUUGGCGCAUAAAACGCAGAUUCAUGCUACAUGGAUGGCAUGCGCCCUUCUCCUCAACGACGAGCAAAAAGUCUGCGAAGUAGGAAGAUUCUUCAUCAUCGAAUGGCCACACAGCGGUGCAGCAUACCAACUCUUCGCAGCCGUAAACCGUCUCUUCGCUGGCUACAGUAACUGGUUCAACAGCGGACCCACCCAAAAAUUCAUCUUGCGCCAAGUAAAAGCCCUAGACUACGCUCUUCUAGAUCCAGAAUCCCGCGCUUUGUAUGCUUUUACAGGCCAAGAGAGAUCCUCCUACACUCAUGCUGGAAAACGCGAUGCAAAUCCUUAUGGUCUUNNCCCUGACCUUGAUGCUGGCGUUAUUUCUCUGUAUGGACACAUCAUGGCAGCAGCGCAAUCUUGGACGUCAGCACUAAAUUACUAUUUCAGAGUUUUGACAUUGGAUCCUGACAACGUUUCCAUCAAUCUAUGUAUAGCAACUGCUUACAUGCAAAUGGCAAUGAAACGACAAGCAGAAAACCGCCAUUGGCAAAUCUAUCAAGGUGUUGCUUUUCUACAGCGAUACGUUUCCUUGCGCUUGAGUACAGGACAAGCGAUUCAUGAACAGGAAGCAGUGUAUAAUGUAGGUCGAUCCUGGCAUUUGCUGGGAAUCAUGCAUUUGGCUAUUCCUGAGUAUGAAAAGUGUCUGGCGUUGGCAGAUAAAGUUAGACAAGAGGCUAGAGAAAAAAAGAGACAAGAGGAAAGUGAUGGCGAGGAAGAUGGGCGAGAAGAUGUGGAUCCGGAGGAGUUUACGCAGGAGGCGGCGUUUGCGUUGAUGCAUAUUCUUGCUAUGAACAGUAAUGAAAAGGCGGCCAGGAAGAUUGCUGAGAAGUAUCUGGUCAUGUGA